AUGGAUUCAAGAAAUGAUUCAGAGAAGGCCGGCGGGCCUCUUCAUUUCCCUGCUGAAGACGACUUGAAGGCCACCGAGGGCAUGAAGCAAACGAUAAUCGAUGCCAAAAAAGCCUCGGACAAUGAGCAGAGCAUGACCUUGAUCCAGGGACUCAAGCUGUAUCCCAAAGCUAUCGCAUGGUCCAUACUAAUCUCGACAUGCAUAGCGAACGUGGAAGAUCAUAUGAUAAAUCGAAACAACAUGUGCAACAGCUGUAAAGGUUGGCGAAGACACUUCUGCCACUCCACACCACCUCCAAACACCGCUUCGGCUUCCACCCCUCCCUCCGACCACAGCACACCACCCCUUCACAUAACUGCGACACACACUUCUAACGUCACUGGCCAACACUGCGACCAAACACCAGACAACCGAACACAGCUUCCAGACAUCGCCGCGACCGACUUGUCAGGACUUUCAGAAGCCGCACCCGCCAAAUUCGCCGUUCUCGCCGUCAUGGCUCCAAGUGCUGGGGCCAAGGACCCGAAGGACCCAACGGGACAUCCCUUCCGAUUGAAGAGUGAUGGCAAAUUGAAGGGCGUCCCGUUCAAGAAAGGCGAAGUCGGAGUGGUAGAGCACUUCAAGGCGGCGACCAACGAAGUGAUCGUGAAAUUUCCCCGGCGGUACGAGGAGAAUCCCAACCGGCCCAGACAAGAGUGGCAGCCCACUAUAGUCCUCCAUUCCGAUCACAUGGAAGUCAAUUGGAAAGUCAAGUGGGGGGAGACCAAGGUCAAUGCCGACAUACAAACCGCUAUCGACAACGUCAACUGGGAUGACGGUGUCCAGUUCCGAAAGGAUGAACACAACCUCACCAUCAUGGCAUAUCGUCUUCUGAACGUCAUUUGCGAUGCCAAAUACCAUGGCAACCUUGCUUGGCUUGGGGCUUGCAUAUGCAGGAAGUUCCCAAACCCGGGCGCGCUGCUCGACUGGUGCCGGGAGCUCACAAAGGCAGCUGAAGCAGCACGUUCGGCGGAUGCAUUCAAGUUUCAGAACCCCUGGCACGUCCCGGACUACGUUCGUCUCGGCAAGCAAGUCAAUGGGGCUUCUGGCGGAAAGGGCCUCUAUCUCAAGAUGUACUCAGGGUUCAAGAAGAUGUAUGUUGGACAGAAGCCAAAGUGGUACGUCGGCAAGACAAUCCGCCAUUUUGGUGUGCGACAUACUGAGCACGAAUACUCGACGACAUCACCGAAGGAUCGCCACUACAAUUCACUGCAUUACAGGACCGCCCGCGAUGCUAAGUACAGGGUCACGAUCGAGCUCCUUCGAUUCGAUGGUACGAAGCUAGGAGACGACGACAAGGACUACGAUGUUGCCGAGAAUGUCAUGAUCUGUCUCCUUCGAACUUACCGGAGCGACGUCCUUGAUGCCCAUUUCGACGUGGCUUCCUCCGAGUCCACGGGCAGCGACGAGAAUGUGAUGGCAGACGAGAUCGAGACUAGGGAGGCGGCCAUGCAAUUGAACGAGAUCGCAACGAAGUCCCCAUUGCAAGCCGUCAGCCAAGCUACCUAUGAGAGGCUGCUCUACAUCCACAUUGAUGCUGGCGACCGCGAUACGUUUACACGAACCCGAUCUACAGUGGCAAAAGGCGUCAAGAAUCAGAAGAACGUCACAUACAUCUGCAUUGCUGGUCUUGACAAGAAUAACAAGGCCGGCGACAAUCUCAGAUUCGUACAGAACCCCAAGGACGAUGGCCCCAACCUCAAGGAUAAAGUCUCAAUGACGUUUGAGAUCAUGAAGAACGGCCGCCAUCCCCAGGCUUAUGGCUGUCUGCCUGAUGUUUUGGGAUUGACGAAUGAUGAGGACCUCCACAAGUUCGCAGCGCGCAUCGAAUGGGAGAAGGAAGAUGGAGACGAGUGGUGGAGGCAGUAUCUCCAAUACGACAUAAUGGGCUUCAACCUGAAAGACGACAAAGUACCAGCCUCCAUGUCUCGUGUUUGGGAAAUCAUGGCAUUGCGAAUGUACCUCCAGCAACAAAGCUUCGAUAAGCUCUUCUCAUGGCAGCAUCCAAGAAUUGGGACUGCGCGGGUCAAGACGGCUACUUUCGAUCCUUGGAGCCAGGAGUACCAGCUGGCAGGCUAUCGGGGAGGAGGUAUCAUCAAGCAGCCCACCAUUGACCACUCUCGCACAAAGAAGCGCCUGGAGAGCUUUGGCCUUGAGAAUUACGGCAGACAGUGGGAUGGCAAGCCGUUCUUUAAAAACGACAGACCGGGACAGCCCCGUACUGCCUGCGAUACCUGCUUCGUCGGCAAAGCGGGUGGGGGUGGUACUGGUACCGCAGCAGCAAAGUGCCAGAAAGCAGAACACGGCACUGGAGAGUGCCAGACUUGUUACUACUUCGGACGCAAGUGCACGUAUACCCCAACACGCAAGAUCGAGAGCAUAGGCAUAUCGAGAUGCCGUCAGAUUCUGUACUCCUACCAGCCGCAUCCCGAUGCUCUCCCAGCGGAGGUCUCUUGGGGCCAGUACAAGAUCCAUCACCAACCCUCAACGACUCCACACCUCCCGACACUUCACACCCUCGACGACUGCACCAACUUUCGACAACUUCACAAUUCCCAACGACUCCACAACUCUCGACACUUCACACCCUCCACGACUGCACCAACUCUCGACAACUUCAUUACCACCCUCACGGACUUUAUCACCACCUUCGAUGACUUCAUCAGACCUUUUGGGCUUUAG